AUGGUAGAGCGGGUUUCUGAGGAAGCUGGGACCAGCGAGGGGCCUUCUGCAGGAAUCCAAGUGAAAGAUGCCGAUGGCUGGGAUCAGGCCUGUGACCAGCUGGCGCUGGGCGUGGUGGCGAUCUUCGGGCCAUCACAGGGCUCCUGCACCAACGCCGUCCAGUCCAUCUGCAAUGCCCUGGAGGUGCCCCACAUCCAGCUGCGCUGGAAGCACCACCCGCUGGACAACAAGGACACCUUCUACGUGAACCUCUACCCUGACUACGCCUCUCUCAGCCACGCCAUCCUUGACCUGGUUCAGUACCUCAAGUGGCGGUCGGCCACCGUGGUCUAUGAUGACAGUACAGGGCUCAUCCGACUGCAGGAGCUCAUCAUGGCCCCUUCGAGAUACAACAUCCGCCUGAAGAUCCGCCAGCUGCCCCUGGACUCUGACGACUCACGCCCGCUGCUCAAGGAGAUGAAGCGCGGCCGGGAAUUCCGCAUCAUCUUCGACUGCAGCCACACCAUGGCUGCCCAGAUCCUCAAGCAGAGCAUGGCCAUGGGCAUGAUGACCGAGUACUACCACUUCAUAUUCACCACUCUGGAUCUUUAUGCGCUAGACCUGGAGCCCUACCGCUACUCGGGGGUGAAUCUAACAGGGUUCCGGAUCCUCAAUGUGGACAACCCCCAUGUCUCAGCCAUCGUGGAGAAGUGGUCCAUGGAGCGGCUACAGGCAGCCCCCCGGGCCGAGUCCGGGCUGCUAGACGGAGUGAUGAUGACCGACGCCGCCUUGCUGUAUGAUGCCGUGCACAUCGUGUCCGUGUGCUACCAGCGGGCACCCCAGAUGACCGUGAAUUCCCUGCAGUGCCACCGGCACAAGGCGUGGCGCUUCGGCGGCCGCUUCAUGAAUUUCAUCAAGGAGGCUCAAUGGGAAGGAUUAACUGGACGGAUUGUUUUCAACAAAACCAGUGGCUUACGGACCGAUUUCGAUCUGGACAUCAUCAGUCUGAAGGAGGACGGCCUGGAGAAGGUUGGGGUGUGGAGUCCUGCCGAGGGGCUCAAUAUCACAGAGGUCCCCAAAGGCCGAGGCCCUAACGUCACCGACUCUCUGACAAAUCGGUCACUCGUCGUCACCACAGUGCUGGAGGAGCCCUUUGUCAUGUUCCGGAAGUCUGACAGGACCCUGUUUGGGAAUGACCGGUUCGAGGGCUACUGCAUCGACCUGCUCAAGGAACUGGCCCACAUCCUGGGCUUCUCCUAUGAGAUCCGGCUGGUGGAGGACGGCAAGUACGGGGCGCAGGACGACAAGGGCCAGUGGAACGGCAUGAUCAAGGAGCUCAUUGACCAUAAGGCGGACCUGGCCGUGGCCCCCCUGACCAUCACCCAUGUGCGCGAGAAGGCCAUUGACUUCUCCAAGCCCUUCAUGACGCUCGGUGUCAGCAUCCUCUAUCGCAAGCCUAACGGCACCAACCCCAGUGUCUUCUCCUUCCUCAACCCCCUGUCCCCUGACAUCUGGAUGUAUGUGCUGCUCGCCUACCUGGGUGUCAGCUGUGUCCUCUUUGUCAUCGCCAGGUUCAGCCCUUACGAGUGGUACGAUGCUCACCCCUGCAACCCUGGCUCCGAGGUGGUGGAAAACAACUUCACUCUGCUGAACAGCUUCUGGUUCGGAAUGGGGUCCCUGAUGCAGCAAGGGUCUGAACUGAUGCCCAAAGCCCUGUCCACUCGCAUCAUUGGUGGCAUCUGGUGGUUCUUCACGCUCAUCAUCAUCUCCUCCUACACGGCCAACCUGGCUGCCUUUCUGACUGUGGAGCGCAUGGAAUCACCCAUCGACUCCGCGGAUGACCUGGCCAAGCAAACCAAAAUCGAGUAUGGGGCAGUCAAGGACGGGGCCACCAUGACCUUCUUCAAGAAAUCCAAGAUCUCCACCUUCGAGAAGAUGUGGGCCUUUAUGAGCAGCAAGCCCUCGGCGCUGGUGAAGAACAACGAGGAGGGCAUCCAGAGGACGCUGACCGCCGACUACGCGCUGCUCAUGGAGUCCACCACCAUCGAGUACGUCACCCAGAGGAACUGCAACCUCACCCAGAUCGGGGGCCUCAUCGACUCCAAGGGCUACGGCAUCGGCACGCCCAUGGGCUCCCCGUACCGGGACAAGAUCACCAUCGCCAUCCUGCAGCUGCAGGAGGAGGACAAGCUGCACAUCAUGAAGGAGAAGUGGUGGCGGGGCAGCGGGUGUCCUGAGGAGGAGAACAAAGAGGCCAGCGCCCUGGGGAUCCAGAAGAUCGGGGGCAUCUUCAUCGUCCUGGCCGCCGGGCUGGUUCUGUCAGUGCUGGUGGCCGUGGGCGAGUUUGUGUACAAGCUCCGCAAAACAGCAGAGCGAGAGCAGCGUUCCUUCUGCAGCACGGUGGCCGACGAGAUCCGUUUCGCCCUCACCUGCCAACGUCGGGUCAAGCACAAGCCGCAGCCUCCCAUGAUGGUCAAGACUGAUGCCGUCAUCAACAUGCACACGUUCAAUGACCGCCGGCUUCCGGGCAAGGACAGCAUGACCUGCAGCACAUCACUGGCCCCCGUUUUCCCCUGA